UCGACAGCGUGCUGUAGGAUGGAGGUGAAUUUGGAGAACAUGUUGUUUUUGGACAGGAGGAGUUUUGCUCUGGAGAUCUCCUCUCUCUUCCCUCUACUCCUUCUGCGCAGCAGCUGCGCACUCAUAAACACAAACAUGUCCGCGGUGCCUGACGGCAAAAAGCUGGUUCGGAGCCCGAGCGGACUCCGCAUGAUACCGGAAAACGGCGCUUUCACCAGUCCGUUCUCCCUGGAUGAGCCGCAGUGGGUUCCGGACAAAGAGUGCCCCAGAUGUAUGCAGUGUGACAAUAAGUUUGACUUCAUCACCAGGAAGCAUCACUGUCGGCGCUGCGGUCGGUGUUUCUGUGAUAAAUGCUGCAGUCAGAAAGUGGCUCUUCCCAGGAUGUGUUUUGUGGAUCCGGUGAGGCAGUGUACGGAGUGCAGCCUCAUCUCACAGAAAGAGGUGGAGUUUUACGACAAACAGCUUAAAGUGCUCACUGCCGGAGGAACUUUCCUGGUCAGAGUGGAUUCCUCAGAGAAAUCAGAGACUAUGGUCUGCCGUUUGUCCAAUAAUCACAGAUAUCUCUUCCUAGAUGGUGAGAGUCAUUUCGAGGUGGAGCUCUCUCGCAUUUCCAGUAUGCAGGUGUUGACUGAGGGCUCAACCCCAGGAGAGAAAGAUAUAUGCUCGUACACGAGCUUGCUGGACAGUCAAAUAUCUGAAGGGGGUUCUCUUCGAGCCAGCGGCAUGGUGCUUCAAUACAAGCCACCAGGAUCUCAGAACCUACAGCUGCUCCAUAUGGACAUUGCCGAUGACAAGCGCAUCGCGUCUGCCUGGCUUGCAGCCAUGCAUAAAGCUGCCAAAUUGUUGUAUGAAUCAAGGGACCAGUGAAAUGACACAGUUCUGGAGACAGAGAAGGAUGGACAAAACAAAACGGAGGAGAGAGAGAUCAAAACCAAGUAUUAUGUGUUAUUCAGUCUUACAUGUACUCUAAGAUGCUUGUAUGAUUUCUAUUCAAUCUUUUGCUUCUACUCCCUGUCGAGACAGACUAGAUUUACUUACAACCUCUCUGUCUGUGCCAAGGGGAGGACCAAGUUUUCCGACGACUCUCGUGCAAUAUGGACAUGUAUGAUAAUAUAUAAACACCAUUUAACAGAUGCUUUAAGUGUAGUCUCACGUAUCAAAGUUUUGUAAACAAAAUAUAUUUUGUCAGAUAUUCUUAUUUUAACACAAAAUGCUGUGUAUCUACUUUUUACUGCCCAAGUAUUUACAAUAUGUAGUUUUGUUUUGUUUUUUCUUUCUUAACAUUUGAAACACUUUUGGAAUUGUUUUUCCUACACUACAGAAUGAUGUUUCGGGUCUUCAUUUGUUAGUAACGUGUAUGCGUCUGCAGAGCAAGAUUUCCCUUUUUUUUAAGAAAACUGAAAUUAGAGCAGCCAGAUUGCCUGGACUCAUAUUACACUUUGUUCUAGGUCAUCGGGUUUUGUUUGCUAAUUUUCAAUUUUCAAUGUACACCAAAUAAACAUCUUCAGUCCACGACUGAC